CCCCAGAAAAACUCUGCAACAGAGUCGCUGAGAAGAAAGAGCCUUGAGAUAAACUGAACCAAAUCCCUUUCCUUUACCUUCACGCCUCCAUUAAAACCCCUUCUUUCCCUUUCCCUCUCUCUCUCUUUCUGUCUCUUUACAUGCAUUUAUACUCCACACCUCCUCAAAUCUCUCCCAUUCCUUCUUUCUUCUUUCACUUUCCACUUACCCAAAAAACAGAGUAACCCAAAAACAGAGACUCGCUUUAAUGGCUUCUUGCAAAGACCAAGAAGAUGAUCACCACAAACAAGAACCACCCCCCAAAUGCAUAUGGGUUCACGGCCCUAUCAUUGUAGGUGCAGGCCCCUCAGGAUUAGCCGCCGCCGCUUGUCUUUCUCACAAUCAAAUCCCUUCCCUCAUUCUUGAAAAAUCCGAUUGUAUUGCUUCUCUUUGGCAGUAUCGCACUUACGAUCGUCUCAAACUUCAUCUCCCCAAACAAUUUUGUGAGCUUCCUCUUAUGGGUUUCCCUGAAAAUUUCCCCAAGUACCCUUCUAAAGAUCAGUUCAUUUCUUACAUGGAAUCUUACGCUUCUCAUUUCUCUAUCCAUCCUCGGUUCAAUCAGACCGUUCUCGCCGCUGAAUUCGACUCAGUUUCUGGGUUCUGGAAGGUCUCCACUCAGGAUUCUCAGUACAUUUCGCGAUGGAUCGUCGUCGCUACAGGGGAAAAUGCAGAGCCAGUUAUUCCUGAGAUUGUUGGGAUUGAGCGGUUUGCUCGAACCGUUGUUCAUACGAGUAUGUAUAAGUCCGGUACGGAAUUUAAAAACCAACGGGUUUUGGUCGUCGGUUGCGGGAAUUCCGGUAUGGAAGUUAGUUUAGACCUUUGUAGACAAAAUGCCAUUCCACAUAUGGUUGUUAGAAACACAGUUCAUGUGUUACCGCGAGAAAUGUUCGGAUUCUCGACAUUUGGAAUUGCCAUGGGGCUGAUGAAAUGGCUACCUCUAAGACUGGUGGAUAAGAUUCUUCUUUUAGUAGCCAGCUUGACUCUAGGCAAUACUGAUCAUUUAGGUCUCCGGCGACCGAAAACCGGUCCAAUCGAGCUUAAAAACGCCACAGGAAAGACCCCGGUUCUCGACGUUGGAGCCCUGUCCCAAAUUAGAUCGGGAAAGAUCAAGGUAAUGGAAGGGGUAAAAGAGAUAACGAGAAAUGGAGCGAAGUUCAUAGACGGACAAGAGAAAGAGUUCGAUUCAAUCAUCUUAGCGACGGGGUAUAGAAGCAAUGUGCCAAGUUGGCUCAAGCAGGGGUGUGAUUUUUUCACUAAAGAUGGAAUGCCGAAAACCCCAUUUCCAGACGGGUGGAAAGGUGAGAGGGGGUUGUACACCGUCGGGUUUACUCGAAGGGGACUACUCGGAACAGCGUCGGACGCUAUGAAAAUCGCCAACGACGUAGCCGAGCAAUGGCGGACGAUGCCCGGGAAUAAAGAUGGCAAGAAUUGUUCUACUUCUUACGUGAUAUUCCUUAAAGAAUCCAAACGAAAAUGAAGGCUUUUGUUGAGGAUUUUGGAUUAAUUAGUAGAGAUUACAUGGAGAAGGAGUAAUUAGUCAUUAUUCCACAUCUAACCAAAGGGCUUGUAAUUCUCUCUCUCUCUCUCUUCUUUUUUGGGGUUGAUUUGUAAAUGCAUCAAUUUUGCAUGGGGAGUUUUUCCUUUUCUUUCUUUUUUUUAAUUUUUAAUGUGUUGUUGUCAAUGAAUCCUAAGCAAGCAGCUUUGUACAAAAAGGGGGAAAAUCUCAAAUAGAAUGUAUCUAUUUUUCAAUAGGUCCACAAAUAAUCUUAAUUAAUUGCUCUCCUUUCUUUA